AAUACUUAAGUGAGGAUAGCGAGUACGUAACUGGUAUUGUAGGAGUGUGCAGCUCCUCUGAACUCGAGAAACCGCCAAAGCCCAAAAAGAGUGUGUUUAAACACCUCAGCUGCCUGUUUUCAAAGAGAGGUGUUAAAAUACACAACACUCAAACUAAAAGCUCUGAGCAGCGAGCAUCCCUUCAGAAUGAGGAUUCAGACGACAGCAUUACCGCAGCCAACAUUUUAUCCGAUUCCAGCCACUUGGAAAUGGAAGAGCCGAACACUUCGCAAAAAGCGCCGGAAAAGUCAUUAAAAUCCGUGGAUACUGCCUCCUGUGGAGGUUUAUCCAACAGUGGUGCACCAGCAAAAUCAAAUUAUGACAAAGCCAAGUCUGGUAGGCGUGCGGGUUUGGGCAGCUGCUGGUGUGCAACACGUCGGAGGGACAACCACCAGAAUGAGAAAAGCUGCCUCAUCCGAGUCCGAUUAGAGGAGGACAGAGCACAACAAUUCAAAAUGAUUUUGGUGACUAAUCAAGAUCGUGUAUCUGAAGUUCUCAACAAAGCUAUGACCGCGCUCAAAUUUGAACCCGAGCAUCCUCAGGAAUUUGAUCUAGUACAGAUCAUUGAAUCAAAUAAAGCCUCAUAUCUGGCCUAA